AUGACAGUUUCACCAAAUCAAAAUCAAAUUGAUUCAUCAGCAUCAUUAAAACAAUCACCAAUUUUAAAUACCAUUAAACAACCAUCAUCAGAUGUUUUAACUGAAGAAAGAGCUUCAAAUAUUGGUUGGUAUUUUAUAAAAUCUUAUUAUAAUUUUUUUAUUACAAAAUUAGAUGAUAUUCAUAAAAUUUAUCAUCAAAAUGCUUCGAUUUUACAUGAUUCAUUUCCUGAUCAACAACAACAACAACAACAAAAACAAGAAGAUUAUCCAAUUACUUUCAAAGCAAAUGGAACUGAAUCAAUUAAAAAAUGUUUUAAUGAAUAUUUAUCAAAUCCUGAAUCUCAAUCAAUUAAUAGAAUUUUAAUAACAAGUGCUUCUUUUCAAGUUUCAUUAGAUAAAAAUAUUAUUAUUGUUACAUUUGGUGAAUGGUCAAAAAAUGAUUCUCCUUUUAAACAAUUUACUCAAUAUUUUGUUUUAACUCCUGGUAAAAGAGAAAGUACUUAUGAUGUUGCAAAUGAUAUUUUAAAAUUUGUUGAAAAUAAUGGAUAUAAAGAAAAUUCAGAAAUUUUAAAUAAUGAUGAAGAAAUUAAAAAUGAAAAUUUAAUCGAUAAUAAAGAACAACAACAACAAGCAGAAAUUAUUGAUGAAAAACCAGUUGUUGUUGCUGAUACUGGUUCAAACCCAUCACAACCACCAGCCAAAGAAGAUAACAAUGUUGUAUUAAAUGGUUCAAAAGAAGAAACAAAAGUAGAAGCACAAAAGGAUUUGAAACAAGAAAAACAAGAAGAUGAAAAAACUAAAACAACUGAAUCCAAUGAAAUUAAAGAAGAAUCAAACACUUCAUUAGAAGAAAAUACAUCAAUUUCCGAAUCACCAGUAGUUGCAAAAUCUGAACCAUCAGAAAUAUCAAAAGAAACUAAGGAAUCUUCAACUGAAACUGAUGAAGAAAAUGAUAAAAAUUCAAAAGAAUCACCAGGUGCAGCUUCUACUCCUACUGCAGCACCAGCUAAAUCAUCUCAACCAUUAUCAUGGGCAGAUUUAGCAUACCAAGCAGUUCCAGCAACCACCAUCAAAUCAACAGGUCCAAAACCAACUCCAAAGUCAACUACUACUGCUACUUCAACCCAAACCAAGAAAAACCCUUCAUCUACAACCAAUUCCCAACAACAAAAUGGUACUUCAACUUCUAAUUCCAAUGUCAAAUACAAAAAAGAUGAAUGGUACCCAAUUUAUAUUCGAGGAGCAAGAAAUACAGAUGAAAAAUUAUUAAAAGAACAUAUUGUCAAAAAUUUUGGUGAAUUAAAAUUUUUUAGAGUAAAUCAAAAUAUUGCACUUUGUGAUUUUGUUUUAAAAGAUGCUCAAAAAAGAGCAUUAGAAGCAAAAGAAACUACUAUUAAUGGAUUUACAAUAAAUUUAGAACCAAGAGAAAGUAAAACUGGUAAUAAUUAUUAUAAUAAUUCUAAUAGUGGAAAUUUUAAUAAUAAAAAUAAAAAAAAUUUUAAUAAUAAUAAUAAUGAAAAAGAAAAAGAUAAAAAAUUUGGUGGUGGUUCAAAUAAUAAUGGUGGUAAUGGUCAAAAUAAUGGUAAUUUAAAAAUUAAUGAUAAAAAAUUAAAUAAUAAUAAUAAUAAUAAUAAUAAUAAUUCAAUUAAUGGUAAUAGUAAUAAUAAUAAUAAUGGUACUUUAAAACAACAAAAAUCUGGAAAAUUAAAUAAAUAA